GAGAAAGGGUGAGAAACAAACGCUUCCAUGACUCGGACUUGCCAACUGAAAUCCUAUCCCACAUUUUUAACGACUGUCUCUCCAAAUUCAGUGACUUGUCGCCCCCAUAAAACUGGACGUUCGAGCAACUUGAAGCACACAUUGAAUCACACCUGCCUGAUGCUACAUCAUCUGACAACGAACUUUCACUAGACGACAAAACACUUCCGGUGAGGCUGACGACUGAGCAGGUUGACUCUGUAUCAGAGCAUGAUCUGCGGCAUUAGCACAGCCGCACGUUUUCUGACAAUCGUGGUGCAGAACCACAACAACACCAGAGCAACAGAUGGCCACACCCGCUGCAAAACCAAGUCUACUCAGAUGAUCAGAAUCACGAUGAUGCCGUCGCUGCUUAUAUAUCGCAUUACUUCCAGGCUCCUCGUCCAGUCGCACCUAUACCGCGAAACUGCUGUUCCGUCGCCAUUGAUAUCUGGCAUGCAAAGCAUGCAAGCCAGCCCAGCACCUCCAGUAGGCUCGCCCUAUCCCUACCCAUUCUCGCACGUUCGGCGCAACAACACCUACUCUGGCUAUCCCAUCCACACCGUGCCUUCGUCCAACUACGACCCCAAUCAUCCCUCAGUGAUCGAAGAGCAACUCGCUCUCCAGAUGCAGAUGUACGCCCUGAACAACCACGCAACAUUAUCCGACUCCACAUUCUCACCAUCGUCGACGCCUUUCCCCGACCCUGGAUAAGAAACGCGCGUAAAUGCGUAGCAAUGGUAAUAUCGACCUCUUCGUUCAGGGGACGAUCUACAGCUCUGCAACUAGUGGACUGGAUAGCAUAUGCCCUUGGAUUAAAGGCAGAAACUCCCGCCACAAAUGAAAGGGAAAACGGGAGAGCGAGGCAGGUAGAGCAAUGGGUUGGACGUAGUUCUGAUAAGACUUCAUGGUGUCAACUAAGUCGAGCUCGUACUAUUGUACAUGUAUUGGAGGAGUUACGAUGCCAUGAGAUUACAUUCACACUAGAAGAGUCGCUGUGGAUGAAAAAGCCGCUAUUGGCAUGUGCUCAUACAGUGCCUAAUUCAGUGAUCGUAUAAAUUUGUGUUUGAUCG